AUGGGAGUCACGUUUCCCAGCCUCAGCAAGAGAGGCAACCACUCGAAUUGCACGGCAGAACGAUGUGAGGCUGAUAACAUCAAGCCUCAAGAGUAUCAGCAGAAGCACGUCCAGCAUAGCUGCACAUGCUCGGAGAUCUUGCCACGCGAGGCAUGGGAUGCCAUGCUUAAAAUCAUCGAACAGGGUGGGAUACGUCUUGUGAGAGUGAAGCCUCGCUCUCACAGUCUUGGUGGCAGUAUCGACUUCGAAAUCGUGCUAGCGGGCCCUAGCACCCGCUAUCUUGCGUAUAGCCACGUUUGGGCCGAUGGUAGAGGAAACGUGUCAGGUAACGAAGUAUAUGAAUGUCAAUGGCGUUGGCUCCAAGAAUGCGCACAGCAGUAUGGGAAAAGAGACAUGGACAUCUGCAGCGCGCCUAGCGAGAAUCUGCUAUUUUGGAUUGACACUUUCUGCGUGCCGCGAGGCUGUGACGAGCGUAUGUGGCAGCUCCGCACCAAGGCCAUCUUGUCCAUGUCAGAGAUCUACCGAAAGGCAGAGGUGGUGGUAGUUCUGGACUCUGCCCUCGAGAAUGCCGAAAUCACGUCGGUCCUCGAGUUCGGUAUGCUAUUGAAGUUCUGUGGCUGGGUCCCGCUGUGUCUGGAAGUUGCGCGAAGAAGCAGUCCCGCAAGAGUUGAUAAUCAAGACGAGAAGGGGCCUCGCCAAUCUGCGAAUGAUCAAUUACCAGAUGGCGAAAGUGAGAUGAUCGACAGAUUUUCGCCCUCUGUGAAGGCGACCUUUUUCAAUGCUCGGAGAGAGGUGCACAAACGAGCCACAUCCUAUCCUAGUGAUAGAUAUCUGGUUAUGGGUAUUAUCAGCCAAGCAAAUAAAGAGACGCUGUUAGCUCUCCAAGGAACCGGCGACGAUAACCGGAACACCGAGGAGGUUGGACUGGCCAAGCUGAACUUGAUCCUGCUGUUUGCAGAGUUUGGCAUGCAGGGGGCUCCCGAGACGAUAGGCGGCGAUAUUCCCGAAGACAAGAGUGAUGUUCCGGCUCGAAGGAUUCCCGGCAAGGGCGCGAUCGUCAGACUUCAACGAUGGCGCAUCGUCAGCUCGCCACAGAAGCUGCACAUCUCGGCCUCUUUCAUCACGGUCAAGUUGGAGCAGGCCGCUCGAUAUCAAGACCGAUACAAGCUUGCUGUCUGGCCGACAGACAAAAAUCGGAAGGACUUUGUCACUCUCGUAUCCCUCAUUAGCCCGAACGCAAGGCUGGCGAUUAUUCUGAGCGCUGUUCCGGGUCUGAAUGACACAGCUGUCAAUUUCAAGCUCGGGCUUCUCGUUGAAGAAAUCAGAAGCCUAGUGGGCGAGGGUGUGCAGGACGUCGAGGAAGAUAGCGUCGUACAUGUCAAGUACCUCGCGGUUCUUAGGGUAUAUGCGAUACACGGCGACGGCAACUCCAUGCAGGGGAUGGAAGCGGAGUGGUUCAAUCAAGGCAUGGACAAAUUAUGGUGUAUUGGAUAA